GAGUGAGGAGCAGGAGGAGCUGCUGGUGGAGCUGCAUAACCAUUACAGAGGACAGGUUUCUCCCAGUGCCUCCGCCAUGCUGCCUCUGAGAUGGGACCCCAGUCUGAAACUGUUAGCCGAGGGCUACGCUGCUAAAUGUGUGUGGAACCACAACCCAGACCUGGAGGACACCGGGGAGAACCUGUUCGCUGGGACCGCCCGCUGGACCUCCGGGAGGCGCUGGAGAAAUGGUUCCUGGAACAUCUGGACUAUGACUUCCAGAACAACAGCUGUGAUGAAGACAAGAUGUGCGGACAUUACACACAGAUGGUGUGGGCAGAUACUCACCGAGUGGGCUGUGCGUUCCAUAUCUGUAACAACAUGGAGGGCCAAUGGGAGAGAAUCUCCUUCCUCGUGUGCAACUACUACCCAGCAGGGAACUUUGAGGACGAGCGGCCAUUUGUUGAAGGAGACUGGUGCUCCAGAUGUCCUGAAAACCUGCAGAAGUGUGAAAACAACCUGUGUGUUGCUGACACAGAGGAGGAAGAGGAGGAUGAAGAUGAAGAGGGGACAGGUGCUCCUUCAUACCCCUCCUUCCAGCCUGAAGAGGAAGAAGAAGAAACAAUAUCUGACUCUUAUAUGUCCACCACCACCAGUACUACCAAUACUCCCAGUACUACCAGUACUACCAAUACUCCCAGUACUACCAGUACUACCAAUACUCCCAGUACUACCAGUACUACCAAUACUCCCAGUACUACCAGUACUCCCAGUACUCCCAGUACUCCCAGUACAACCGGUACCUCGUCCUCCCCACGGGACUCUGAGGACACGCCACAGCCGGGAACCCUCGCUCCGGACGUCCCGUCACCCCCUGGGUACAGAGGAGACGAGGGAGGAGGAGAAGGAGGAGACGGGAAAAGCUUUAACGCAAUGGACCUGCAGCCCACCGACUGCUGUUUACACCGCGGCAUCAUGGGAGCUGGAGUCUCCUCUGCAGCAGCAGCAGCAGCAGCAGCGCAGGGAAGACAGCUGAUUGGCCGAGGGUUUUAUUAUCACAGAUGUUUGGAGAUGUGA